AUGCCUCGAAUUGUCAGCUAUGUCAGCUGGGCCGGGUAUGCUGUCUUACUUCACGAGUUCGCUCUCACAUUCGAAGACGAGGUGCGGCAUAUAUGGCCUUCACGAUGGUCCCUUGUCAAAGGGAUCUUUUUGGCAAACCGCUACGGGGCCAUAGUUUUGAUCGGUCUUUUUAACGCCCAACUGUCCACUCUCUGGACUAGUGACUCUCCUUUAUUCUGUUAUAGAUUCACUCCUAUAUGUGCUAUAGUCAUGUUCAUUUCUUAUGCUUCUAUUCACGUCUUGGUUCUGAUGCGAGCGUGGGCUGUAUGGGGACGAAAUCCAAAGAUCUUAGCGGGUCUGAUUUUCCUCUUCGUCUUGUAUGCUCUCGCCAGCGCGGGUAUAAUGACGUACGGUAUGGCCGUUGGCGUUCACGACGCUUUCCCUUACUUCUCCGCUCUCGGCAUUUGCUCGGGCCCGUUACCUUCUUGGCAAUGGACGCUAUGGUUGCCAAGCUUGUUCCUGGAAUCAGGUGUAUUCAUCCUUACUAUGCUCACGAUCAGACACAACUUCCAAGACCAGCAGACGUCGCCCAUCGUCUGCACCGUGUAUCGGGACGGGACUCUCUACUUCAUUUUCUCAUUCGUAAAUAGUUUGACGAACAUUCUUGUUUGGGCAUUCGCCUACGAUCGCAUGCUCAACAUGGUAUCCAUUAUUCUGACGAUGGCUCUCGUCAACAUAGCGGGGCAACGAUUAGUCCUUGAUCUACGCAAGGUGGAUAGGCUCGAGUGGCAAAACCAGCCGCGCCGCAGCGCUGAUGGUGGCUGGCAGCUCGAAGGCAUCGAGACGGCCCCAGACGAAGGCGAACCUAUCGCCUUUGAGCUGGUCACCAGCGGAAGCGGCAUUGGUGAGGGUGUGGGAGACCGGUGCGGUUGGUGGGAUCGGAGGGAUGUGGAUGUUUCGAAAGGCAGUAUUGAGAUUGGGGGGAGAAUCGAACUAGGGCAACACAGCUUGGGUUGUGCUACUUCGGAAGUCCCGUCACAUUUUGUCCCGAAGUCCUCGGAACUCGCUGCGAAAUAA